UUCUCCGCCCAGGACGUUUAAAAAAAGACAAGGAUCUCUUUCGGGUCCCUGUUCCGAGCUCCUAGUGCCCGGGUGGAGGGCGCGAUGAUAGCAUGAAACGGAGGAGAUUUCCAAAUCCGAAACCUUGAUUCCGGAUUAAUCCCUAGGUCCUGGAAGCCUCUCGAUUCGCAUGGCUUCCGGUCGCCUUCUCUUCGUCUUCUUCCUGUUCUCCUCCUCUUGCUUCGCUUCUUCCCCUGUCUCGGCGUGGAAGGUGCCGCUGGCUCUGUACUACGAGACCCUGUGCCCUUACUGCUCCAAUUUCAUCGUCAACUACCUCGCCAAGAUCUUCGAAAAUGGGCUGAUCGACAUCGUCGAUCUCGAUCUCAUCCCUUACGGCAACGCCAGGGUCGGAUCCAAUGGCACCAUCUCUUGCCAGCAUGGUCCUAAUGAGUGUGUGCUGAACACCGUAGAAGCCUGCACCAUCAGUGCCUGGCCUGAUGUGAAUGAGCAUUUCAGUUUCAUCUAUUGUAUUGAGAGUUUGGUCAUGGAGCAUGAGUACCUUGACUGGGAAUCCUGCUUCUCAAGAACUGGGUUAGACUCGCAUGCUGUUAUGGAUUGCUAUAAAAGUGGAUACGGGAAAAAGCUUGAAUUACAGUAUGCAUCACAAACGGAUUCCCUUCAACCUCCUCACACAUAUGUGCCUUGGGUGGUAGUGGAUGGACAGCCACUUUAUGAUGAUUAUGAAAACUUCGAAGCUUACGUCUGCAAAGCUUAUGGUACUGGUGAGCUGCCAAAGGCUUGUGCCGGACUCUCUCUCAAGCUAAAGCCCAGAGUGGAAAACAAACAAUCAAACAUUUUGAUGAGACUGACUGGUCCUGCCAUAACCAUGGAGAAUGAUGAAAUGAAGAUAGAAAUGAUAAUUUAGACUUGCACUGUGACUUUGUACAAACCCAUAAUCAUCUAUCUUCUGACAGAAGCUCUUACCCUUAUAGCAAUUGGCAAGCCAAAAUAUGUCCUUCAAUGGCAGUCUUGUUAAUAGGAUCUUAAUUUGCUGUUUCUUUAUGCAUGAAAGAUAUAUGACUGUGUAAAUGCAAACAAAGAGGUUCUUGGGGAAAUAAUACAGGAUCAAACUUGCAUGCCCCAAUAAGCAUUGCACUGCCUCGUGUUGAAUCAGAUCUCAACCUCUGUUUGUAACUUUCGAGGAAAGAAUGCCAUGUCAGUGCUUUGCAUGAGUGCUUAUCAUUGCCGCAUAAGCAUGUUGUUCAAA